AAACCGGCGCACGGCCCAAGAGCCGGACGCCUCCCUGGUUCCCUUUUCCCCCGAUCUCGCCGCAUCCGUGGUCAAAUACGACGCUCUCUCAUACACACUGAUCCGUGGCCCAUUCCUCCCUCUCACUCCACCUAGCUGCGCUGCGCAGCUGCCUCCGAGCGAGCGAGCCAGCAAGGUGGAGCAGGCGCGAGCACGGUUGGCUGGUGGAGGGAGGAGAUGAAGGCGGUGGAGCGUGCGAAGCUGGUGCGGAGCCUCCGGCAGGAGUCGCGGCGGCUACGCCUGCUCGUCCUCGUCAUCGGCUUCUUCCUCAUCACCCUCACCUUCGUCGUCUUCAUCAAGCCCGACGCGAUCCUUUUCAACCUGAACGGCAGGCUGUCGGUGGACCAGGCACCGCGUUCGCUCCUGAUCCGCCAGGGGGUCGACACCGCCGCCACCGCCUCGAGGAGAUCCGCCGACACUCUCGCCGCUGCGGCCGAGGAUCCCAAGGUGGUGGACGGCGACAGCGCCGGAAUUGAAGCCAACGCCAACGCCAACGCCAACGCCGGAGGAGGAGCCAGUGAAGACGAGAAGCGAGUGCUCACUAGUGAGACCGAGCAGGGCAAAAUGGCGGAGGCGGCCCCCGCAUCUGAGCUUUUAGGUGGGGAAGAAGAAGGGAGGAAUGGUCUGCACAAGGGCCGCCAAGAGGACCAGGAGCACAAGAUGACUCUCCCAACUGUUUCCAAUUAUAGCAUUCACGAAACCACCAAUGACAGCGACAAUGGCAAACAAGAAGAUCGCAAAACAGACUCAGGAAUUAAGCUCGUAACAGAUGUUGACCAGAGCAAUAGCAGGGACAGAUCUCAUCAACCAGCAUUGGAUAAUAUGGGGUGGGACAAACCGUUGUGUGAUUUCUCAAACUUCCGAGCGAAUGUCUGUGAGAUGCGAGGUAACAUUAGGAUACACCCAAGUGGCAGUUCAGUCAUGUACAUGGAGCCAGCAGGUUCAAUGAAAGAUGAGCAAUGGAAAAUUAAGCCUUACCCUCGCAAAGGUGAUGAAUUAUGCCUCAGUCAUAUUACAGAGGUGACUGUGCAGUUCAGCAAAGUUGCACCUGAGUGUACCAAAUACCAUGACGUGCCUGCCGUGAUCUUUGCUUUGACAGGAUACACUGGAAAUCUAUUCCAUGACUUCACUGAUGUGCUUGUCCCCCUUUUCACGACUGCAAAUGAGUUUAAUGGUGAAGUUCAAUUCCUAAUCACAGACAUGGCUAUUUGGUGGACAAGAAAGUAUGCAGUAGUGUUUGAGAAGCUAACUAAGUAUCCUUUGAUUGAUUUCAACAAAGACAACGAAGUGCAUUGCUUUAAGCAUACCAUUGUUGGCCUUCAUGCUUACAUGGAGUUAACAAUUGACCCAUUGAAGGCUCCGCACAAUUACUCAAUGGUGGACUUCAAUAAGUUCAUGCGCAGAACCUACUCACUGCCUAGGGAUGAAGUGACCUCACUUGGUGAGGUCCCCAAGACCAAGCCACGACUUCUGAUUAUCUCCAGACAGAGGACAAGGAUGUUCCUCAAUCUCAAAGAGAUUGUAGCCAUGGCUGAGGAGAUAGGCUACGAAGUGGUGGUUGAAGAGGCCAAUGUGAACUCUAAUGUCGCCCAUUUUGCCAAUGUAGUUAAUUCUGUGGAUGUGAUGAUGGGGGUUCAUGGUGCUGGGCUCACAAAUUGUGUGUUCCUUCCACAUAGUGCUAUACUGAUUCAGAUUGUACCAUGGGGUGCCCUAGAUGGGAUAUGCCGAGUUGAUUUUGGCUACCCAGCAGAACAGAUGGGGCUAAGGUACAAGCAUUACAGCAUCGGUGUUCACGAAAGCAGCCUCACGGAUCAAUACCCCCUGGAUCACGAGAUCUUCAAAAACCCGCUUGCAUUCCACAAGAAUGGAUUUGAGUUUGUCCGACAGACAUUCAUGGAUACGCAAAAUGUGAGGCUUGAUUGUAAUCGGUUCAGACCUAUACUCUUGGAGGCCCUUGAUCAAUUGAACCAAUAAGGAUCACUGGUUUUAUUCUGGUUGCACAAGAUUCCUUUUCUUUUCAAAUUUUCAGUUGGCCAUUCUUCUCUUUGUAAAAUUUCACGACCAUUCUCUGAAGACAUGAGAAACAACAAAAUUAAUUAUUUUUUCUAAACUUUGGAAAUUGCAUCA